AUGGAAGGAGGGUGCGCCCAGCCGUUAAUGCAGAAGCUCCUGGUGGCCCUGGCGGAACAAUCCCAUGCGCUGGAGCUUUGUGUGGCCCCCUUUGUGUCCCCGGGGGGCGGGGGGCAGGGGGGGCACGUUGUGAUGACAACGGGAGGGACCCCACGCCCCCACGCCCCGCCCCGCAGGCCCUGCGGCCCCAUAAAUACCGCCGUGCGCCGCAGAGCCGUCACUCUGAAGAUGAGCAUCAGGAGCCCGCCGCUGUUGUGCCUCACGCUGGUGCUCGCCGUCACCCAGGCCGUGUCCCCCGGCCGUCACCUGCAGCCCAAAGCCCUGCACCUCGAAUGGCCGAAGGACUGCGGGCUCUCGCACUUCAAGCCCAACACAGCGGAGCGCAUCGUGUCUGGGAACGAGGCCCGCCCCCACUCCUGGCCCUGGCAGGUCUCCCUGCAGGUUCGUCCCCGGGGGAGUAAACACUACAUCCACGUGUGCGGCGGAACUCUGAUCCACAGGAACUGGGUGCUCACCGCGGCGCACUGCUUUCAGAAAGGGAAGGCAGAGGAUGCUGGGAGCUGGCGAAUCGUGGUGGGGAAGCACCAGCUGAAGCGCUCGGAGACGGCCGAGCGCACUUUCCCCGUCCGGCGCAUCUACCGCCACGAGAGGUUCCGUUACCCGACCCACAGCGAGCUGGACUACGACAUCGCCCUGGUCAAGGCCGCCGUCGACAUCAUACCCAGCAACUUCGUCCGCUAUGCCUGCCUGCCGCGCAGACAGACCGCGCUCAAGCCGGGGCACUACUGCUGGGUGACGGGCUGGGGGGACACCCGGGGUGGGAAGGAGAACGUGUCUCUGGCUGAGUCUCUGAACCAGGCCCGCCUGCCCAUCAUCGACUUUAAGACCUGCCGGCAGAAGAAGUUCUGGGGGGACCGGGUGCGGGACUCCAUGAUCUGCGCUGGCUUCCGCGACACCGAGGGUCCGCCGGCAGCCUGCCAGGGGGACUCUGGGGGGCCCCUCCUGUGCCAGCUGGGGCGGGACCGGUGGGAGGUCCACGGCGUGGUGAGCUUCGGCCCCAUCGGCUGCACGGUGGAGAACAAGCCCAGCGUCUUCACCCGCACCGCCGCCUACAUCCCCUGGAUCGAGGCCACCCGCAUCAGGGACUUCUUCCUGCACUAA